GAACACGUUUGAGUCGGAAGGAUCUUGACUCAACUAGGAGCCCUUAUUAUUCAACCUCACUCCAAACCUGUAACUGCGUGCUUUAGACAGUUUGGCAAUAAAAAUGGCACUUGAACGCAAAGGGUACAAAGUUUGCCAACCGGUUCCGGCGGAUUCAGACAGGAUUUGGCAGUUCAUGGAAGAACACUUCAACGAGGAUGAACCAAUUCUGAGAAGUCUCAAGACAAACGAAAACAAUACUUGGGUGGACAGAUUUGUGCGAAAAGAAAUUCGUCAAAAUUUGAUUGAGCCGUGUUUGGUGGAACCUACAAGUAUCAUUCUCGAAGACAGUGAUGGCGACAUUGCAGGAAUAAAAUUGGGUCAUCCCAUCUCGAUUCACAAUCUACCAGCACCCGGAUAUUGGUCUUUCAAUUGGAUUCGCAACUUUCCAUGGUUGGUUCCAACGAAACUAUACCAAUACAGCUACUUCAGCGAGUUUCAAAGUAGUGAAGAGUAUUGCAACUUGAAGCCUGCUUCUCUCUUGAAGAGUUUGAAUCUGGAAAAUGUUUUCAUGGGCCAGAUGUUGGGAGUCUCGAGAGGCCAUCGCCGAAAAGGUUUGGCAUGCGAUAUGAUCCAACGGUCCAUGGAAUUGGCUGCAAAACUUGGAUGUCAAGGCUAUGUUGUGGAAUCGAGCGGGAUCUAUUCCCAAAUGUCCUACAAGAAACAUCAAUUCCAGGUUAUGAAAGAGAUUUUCUACGAGGACUUCAAAGAUGGACAGGGAAACAUCGUAUUUAAUGACACGAUGGAACACAAGUCGGUAAAGAUGCUCUUCAAGCCUUUGUCUUAAAACGACACACUUGUGCCCUUUGUACGUACUUACUUGUCGGAAUAAAAAGUUGUGGGCCAAGUGUUUUCUGUUUAGGAAUACGUUUCUGCUAAGAUCAUGGCUAGUCUGAAGCUUGAUGGAAUACAUUAUGUCCUGGCAAAUCAAAGUGACGCCAAGAGGAUCUGGAGGUUCUUAACCUUAUAUUUCCUGGACCAAGAGCUAUUGUGUAAGAGUAUAGGUGCCAAAAGUUCAUAUUCGUGGAUGGAGAAAUUUAUCCAAUCCAAGUUAUUUCGAUAUCUUGUGAAACAAAAUGUCCGACAACCAACCUCGGUUUUGGCCUUGGAUGAAGGCAAUGACUUGGUGGGAGUUGUUCUGGGAAACUUUUACUCCAGUUCAAAACCCGGUCCUCGAGAAUCUUACUCGUUACGAAUGGCCAAUUCACUCGAUUGGAUUGUCUCCCCCAAAGUGUAUCAAGUUUCCCGGGUCUAUAAAUUUCUCCUGGAGGAGUGUCGCUUCUCUCCUAAUAGUUUAAUCCACGACCUCCAGACACCAGAUAUUUUCAUUGGGAAGGUCUUUUGUGUGGCCCCACAUGUGCGUGGACUCGGAAUUGCCCAAGAGCUGAUGGGACAUUCGCAUAAUCUGGCUCGAAAGCAUGCCAGAAUGUAUGUCAUGCCCUCGAGUUCCAACUUGACCUAUCGAUUUCUGGCCAAAAUGGACUUUGAACUUGCUCGUGAAGCCCCUUAUCAAAGUGUGAAGGAUCUCAUUCUUGAAACGGACCAAGAACUGGAUCCAUUUCGAGUCAUGUUCAAGCGUUUGGAUGUUCCUUAUAGCGAUGAUAUGAUGGAGGAUCCCAGUACACACCUAAGCCUGACACAAUUUCAUGGGGAGAUUAUUCGAUCGACCACUUAAUUGGACAAUAAUUGAAAGAAAUACAGUACCUUGAACUAUAAGAGAAACAUACUUUGUUGUACCGAUAAGAGAA